GGUGCUGUGCUCUUCAGUUGCUUCGGUUCGGUUUCUUUCCUCAGAUCGUUUUUUACGGCGUGUGUGCGUUCUUUCCGCUGUUCUGUCGCACGGGUGCGUUGUGAAUCGUAAAAAAUAUAACAAAUCAGCAGUUUUUUCUUACUAGUUUGUCCCAAAGUGUAGUGAGUGUGUUCACUGUAGGAUGAAAACUUCCGAUUUCACCAUUUACCGUUAGAACGGCUUUUACCGUUGCCAACAACAUUUUCGGCGAUUCAGUACUGCGUUUCUUGGUCUAGAGAAAAAAAUCGAGUGUCAUACCAGCAAAUUGCGCGGAAUUUCGUUCAGGCGAUAACCUAUUAACCCGAAGCAAAGACGACAAGUGAAGAGACCCGUCGCACCUCCCGUUUUGCGCGUUGCCUGUAAGCAACUGAAAGUCAGCGCUGAGAACGAACGUGUUUGAAGUUUUGCAGUUAAUCCCAGCUCGAGAGCAGGGAGGAUGCUGUUAAGUUCCGUAGUCAAUUCAGACGCGGUUAUCAGUUGUAGAAGAACAGCGACAGUGAAAAAAGCAGCAGUAGCAGCAGCCAGUUUCGUCGAACUAACGACGCACAAUAAUCAUCCCACUAGCAGGUGUAACCCUUGGCGGUAUACCACUUCAUUCAUAGGAAGGAUGUACUAGAUAAAAGACAGGUGUGCUACUCAUUAUUGUCUUCUCGAAGUCUGAAUCAUUGAAGAAAAAAAACCGUGAUAAGACAAGUCAGCUGAUAAGCCAGGUGGAAACCUACCACAACAGUAACCAAUCAGCAGCCUUUUGGGGGAUCACCAGCGGCUAUUGAACUUCGGCCAUUGAUCGGCAUAGUUUAAAUUUUCACAUCAGACUAGGCCCACACCCCAGCAGUAGCGAUGCCCUGUAGUACUACAUUAAUAGACGUUAUCAAAUACCCACGGGCGCUGUUCCGGACGGUGUUCGUGCUAGUGAACAACAUGUACUGCGUACCGACAUAUCUGAUAUGGAUGUUCCUGCUGUUACCGUUGAAAAAAAUCCACGAGAGCUUCUACUACCAGAUAGAAGGUGUCCUGUUUCAUUGGUUACUGGCAAACGUAGCCAUGUGGUCCACCUCGGUGGGAUAUGACUUGGUCGAAUUGGGAGACGAUAUCGCCCCAGCACUGGACCAACGCACGUUGGUGAUAGCUAACCAUCAAAGUACAUCGGACGUACCCCUGCUCAUGGCUGCCUUCAACGCAAAACGGAACGUUGUGCCGAACAUCAUGUGGAUAAUGGAUAGGCUGUUUAAGUACACCAAUUUUGGUGCAGUCAGUUUGAUGCAUAGGGAUUUUUUUAUUGCCUCGGGCAAAGCGAAUCGAGACAAAUCAAUAACGGAGCUUAAAAAACAUCUCAGAGAAUCAUACAUUCCUCGCGAACGGAAGUGGAUUGUGCUUUUCCCGGAAGGAGGAUUCCUGCGUAAAAGGAAGGAAGUGAGCCAAAGAUUUGCAGAAAAAAAUAACCUACCAGUAUUAACCAACGUUACCGUGCCACGUAUCGGCGCUAUGAAGGCUAUUAUCGAUGUGCUUGGUGCGCCACAGUCGCCUUGCCGGGGAGCUAACGCCAGCAGCGUUAACGUUGUUGUACAGAAGACUGCAGCGACGACUGACUGCGCUGCAGCAGCCGACUCGACUACAGAGGAAUCCCACAAUAUAAGCGAGGCCACGAAUCUGCUAGUGGCAACACCGGUCACAAUUCCUGUGGAACAACAGCUUCCCAAUCAGAACGCUAGCGCUGGUAACAACAACAACAGCAGCAGUACGGUAAUCAAUAGUGAAGCAAUAAUAACCGAUGACUGUGAUAAUUUUAAGGACUCACCAUUCACUAAGCUGAACGGAAAGCUAAGCGACUGUUUAGAAUACAUCUUGGACAUUACCAUCGGGUAUCCCAAUGGGAAACCACUAGACUUACCAAACAUUGUGCACGGACUCAGGAAGCCGUGCCAGACGUAUUUAUUCUAUAGGUUAUAUCGUAGUUCGGAGGUUCCCCGAGAUAACGAAUCUCUCACACGGUGGCUGUACGAUCGGUUCUUCGAGAAGGAGAAACUGCUGGAGGAAUUCUACCGCACCGGAAUGUUUCCGUGCGGUUCGUCGGCAACGAUACCGACCGUGGUGCAGCAGGAUUUUCUACGAUUCCUUCUGAUCCAUUUGUUCUUCAUUACCUCCAGCUAUGUCCACUAUCAGCUGAUUCUGAUGCUGAUUAAUUACUCGAAUGUCAUGUACGUGUCGUUGCUUAGCAACAGCUAAGUCCAUGCAUGUGCGUAGUUUGUGUAAAAAAAAAGAAUAACAAUAUACAAAGACUAACUUAAUAGGAAGGAAAUCUUAAACUGGUCACAGGAAGAAAAAAAAAUGCAGCAAAACAGUAAGCACGAGUGAACGUAAAAAGCGCAAAAAAUACAAGGGAUUUAUUCUUAUGAAACUAGCACACAAACUCGCUUGCAAACACGCAGAAAUAAUGGAGUUGAAAAAGAAAAAAAUAUGCAUACAGUUAGAGGUACCUCGUAUCCCAGUGUUCCUUUGGUGUAUAAAUUCAACGGUGCAACAAUGUUCAUUCACACAAACAAUUUUAGUCAAUAGAAGUCGUUUUUGUCACCUCAACAAACGGUCUGUGUGUGCGUGUGAAGUCCAACAAUCGUUUUUUUUUUAAUGUACACCCUUUACUAGUGGAUGGCAGUGAAAACUUGCAGCAGCUAAGCAAUAAGAAAAAAGACAACUAGCAAACUAACAGACCUAUACAAAACGGACGAACAAUACUGACCCCCUAAUGCAUGUGUUUCUAGUGUACACCCCCUUAAUUGUAAGAUAAUCGAAAACCCCGUAACCGGAGUAAUCCCCGAGUUAACGUGGCACGGUUAGCUCCCCAAACCAGCAGAACAAACAGGGGCUGGAUUUUAGUGAAUAAGAAGGUAAUCAACUAAAACUCGGUUGUUUUUAGUUUUAUUUUUAUUCAAUUAUCGAAUGUUUUUUUGUAAAUAUCUCGCUUACAAUUCGGGACACAAUCGGAUCGAUUUAAAACCAGCGGCAGGCCAAACGAAAUGAUUGUGGAGUACAGUGCAUGAGUUCUGUUCUAAAGCGCAGAAAGCUAUUAAAUGCCGGCCGUUAGUUUUGGCGCGCACAUUGCAGGGAUAAAUGUAGCACAACUGAAAUCAGUGAAAAAAAAGACAAGGAUAGUUUGUUGUCCUUGUUCCGCAACGGAAUAAAAACCGUUUUGUUCAGGUUGAUUUUCUCUUUACUAUCGUAGGACAGUUAGUUAAUUAAGCGCAUCAGGUAUCACGUAAGACAUGUUCCUUUUAAUUUGCUUUGAGAAAGUAAAUGCAAACUUGAAGAGAAUAAAGCGUCAUUCCCCCGUAGCAGUUUGUUUCACCGAAAACCUA